ACUCAGACGCCACCUGUUCUUCCUUCCUCUCCUCUCUGCAACGCGUCGGGAAGCAGCUGCCAGCCAUGGCAAUGGCGUCGUCGUCGAGCGGGCUGAGGAGCUGCAGCGCAUUGGGCGUGCCCAGCCUGCUGGCGCCGUCGACGUCGUCGUCGUCCCGGUCCGGCCGCCUGCCGUUCUGCGCCCACGCCACCACCUCCGGCCGCGUCACCAUGUCCGCGGAGUGGAUGCCCGGGCAGCCCCGCCCCGCCCACCUCGACGGCUCCUCGCCAGGUGACUUCGGCUUCGACCCCCUGGGCCUGGCCACGGUGCCGGAGAACUUCGAGCGGUUCAAGGAGUCGGAGGUGUACCACUGCCGGUGGGCCAUGCUGGCCGUGCCGGGGGUGCUGGUGCCGGAGGCGCUGGGGCUGGGCAACUGGGUGAAGGCGCAGGAGUGGGCGGCCGUCCCCGGCGGGCAGGCCACGUACCUGGGCGCCCCGGUGCCGUGGGGCACGCUGCCGACCAUCCUGGCGGUCGAGUUCGUGGCCAUCGCCUUCGCCGAGCACCAGCGCACCAUGGAGAAGGACCCCGAGAAGAAGAAGUACCCCGGCGGCGCCUUCGACCCGCUCGGCUUCUCCAGGGACCCCGCCAAGCUCGAGGAGUACAAGCUCAAGGAGAUCAAGAACGGCCGCCUCGCCAUGCUGGCCUUCGUCGGCUUCUGCGUCCAGCAGUCGGCGUACCCGGGCACCGGUCCGCUCGAGAACCUUGCCGCCCACCUCGCCGACCCCUGGCACAACAACAUCGGAGACAUCAUCAUCCCUAGAUCGAUCUCCCCUUGACAAUUAUAUUGGUUGAUUAUUACGACUAGGCACUAGGCACUGCCUGCCUGCGUGCAGGAGCAGUACAACGACGACGACGGCGAGUCGGCGACUUCCCUCCCGCCCGGAAAGCUCUCGUAAUCUAAAGGAAAAGGAAAUUGGUACCAUGUUGUGCACUUCUAGCAUGCAUGACAGCAAUCGCAAGCUUCUUCCUCAGCCACUAACCUCUAUGUACAUUUUCAGCGCAAGAUCAUUGUCGACAGUAGUAUACAUAAAAGUGUACACAAUAUACUGAACAAACAACCAAGACACAAGUGAAUGUAAUUUGGC